AUGUCCAUAGUUAACAUCUAUUUCCACGACGAAAAUAUCUACAACGUGGAAAAGAAACCGCCAGAAAAACCACCAAAGCCCCCGCUCUACCACUCACGAUUUGAGCUCCAGGUUCGACAGGAGACGAAAUCCUGCAAGGAUGCCCAUCGCACCAUGGGCUUUUCCAAGAUUCCUCUACCCGGGCCAAACGAGUUUCUGAAGAAAAAUUGUGGCCCUCGCUACCGAGCAACCAAAUCGGCACCGGUACGACUUUGCACUACGCAUAAACCACCCGUUCCGAAACCGGAUGCACCGCUUCCCUGUCAGGUGAUGAAGGUGGUCGAUUUUCGCAAGGAAAACGUCAAGAAAGUGGUUGCUACCAGUCCGAAAAAGGUCCGACCACGAUACGCCGACACGCGGAAAGGAGACUUUCACGAUCUAGAGAAAUCGGGCCUGAUGCCCAUCUACAUGUGCAAACCGAAAUUUGGUAAAGUUCCCCAAUAUCUGAUGCGCAGGAAGAAAGAUUUGGCCGCACAGAAGGAGCGGCUGAUGGAGGAUUGCGCGCAGCAGAAGCCACGAUGCUCGUACAUUUCGCAGGAGGAACGUGUCGACCUCUUGAAGGGUUUGAAACAAAACUGGGAGAAGCUACAGCAGGAGUAUCAGAGCCUUCCACUACUCACCGACACCGUACCGAAGAUGAUACGAAAAGCCAAACUGGAGAAUAAUCUAAAACAGUUGGAAAAGGAUAUACUAACGAUCGAGAACAACCCGUACAUAUACAUAUAUGACGAUGAACAAAAGGAAUCAUAA